AUGUCCAUAGCCAAAGACGGAACCCAUCGCCGCCUCAAGUCGCGUCACAUCCAACUCAUCGGUAUUGGAGGUACCAUUGGUACUGCUCUCUAUGUUUCCAUCGGCAAUGGUCUUCUCAAUGGCGGUCCUGGUAGUCUGUUUCUGGCGUUCAGUAUCUGGUGCUCGUUCAUUCUUGCGGUCACCAUAAGUACUGCCGAGAUGGUCACCUACCUCCCAAUAUCGUCCCCUUUCAUCAGAUUUGCCAGCCGCUACAUGGAUGAGGCCAUGGGCUUCGCUGCUGGCUGGAACUUCUUUGUCUUCGAGGCCAUCCUGGUCCCUUUUGAGGUCACCGCUUGUAAUGUCGUCAUUCACUACUGGAGUGAUAUCGUGCCAGCUGGUGGCAUCAUUGCUAUUGUCAUUGUGCUCUAUGCUCUGAUCAAUCUCCUCACUGUCGAGUGGUAUGGCGAGACUGAGUUCUGGGCAGCUCUCGGCAAAGUUCUACUGAUCAUUGGAAACCCACUCGGCGACAGAUUUGGCUUCAGAUAUUGGAACAAUCCAGGAGCCUUCGCCCCCCUCUACUAUGGCGGCAACCUUGGAUAUUUCCUUGGGUUCCUUCAGUGUCUUAUCCAGGCUUCCUUCACCAUCGCUGGACCUGAUUAUGUCAGCAUGGCUGCCGGCGAAGCCGAGAAUCCUCGCGUGGUCAUGCCCAAAGCCUUCAAAGCCGUCUUCUAUCGGUUGACCACUUUCUUCAUGCUCGGAUCCCUUUGCGUUGGCAUUCUGGUCCCCUACAACGACAAGGAACUCAUUGCUGCUACUACUGCCGGCGUUCCCGGUGCAGCAGCAUCACCUUAUGUUGUGGCCAUGGAUCGCCUUCGUAUCGGUGUGCUUCCCCACAUUGUCAACGCCAUGGUUCUGGCUAGUGCUUUCUCGGCUGGCAACAGCUACGUCUACUGUGCAUCCCGCUCCCUAUAUGGGCUUGCGCUCGAAGGCAAAGCACCCAAGAUCUUGACACGCACCAAUCGCCGAGGUGUACCAGUGAACUGCACUCUUGUUGUCCUGUGCAUUGCUCUGCUUGCCUUCUUGCAAGUCAGUGCAAAUGCUGCUACUGUGCUCAAAUGGUUCAUCAAUCUGGUCACCGCAUCGCAACUCAUCAAUUACGCCGUCAUGUGCAUGACAUUCAUCUUCUGGAAGCGUGCUUGUGACGCGCAAGGCUUCGAUCGCAACAGUCUUCCCUUCACGGGUUGGGGUCAGCCAUACCUCGCCUGGUACGGCUUCAUUGGUUGUACUGUCAUGGCUUUUGUCGGUGGCUACACCGUAUUCCUACCUGGCAAAUGGGACGUACCCACUUUCAUCUUUAGUUACUUCAUGAUCGGACUAUUUCCUAUCCUGUUCGUUGGAUGGAAGUUGAUCAAGAAGACCAAAUGGACUCGCGCAGUGGAAGUUGACCUCAGAGGCGAGGUGGAAGAGAUUGAAGAGUACCAGGCCAACUUUGUGCCUUCUAAGGCAAACGACUCGUACUUUGAGAAGGUCUUGGACAAGCUCUUCGGCUAA